GGCUAGAGGCCGAAUAGCAUAAAAUACUGUACUGCACACCCUAUUCUCGACGGUCCGCACGAGUAGAACAAACCAAAAUAAAAUCGUUACUGUACUGUUAUUUAUAGUCUGUUGGAACAAGAUGGCAUCCACGCCACACGAAAUUGAGAACGACAACCCGGAAACGGCACUUCGCAAGACACUGGCGUCACUGGACGCUCAGCGAACGGCCAUCCAGGAGGAAGCAGACGCCAUUAUUGCCGAAUUGACGACUCCCCCGAGGGAAGGAGUCGAGCCCAUGGGUCUGGACACGCCGUUGGUCGACCAGGAAGGGUAUCCGCGGGGCGACAUCGACGUUUACCGGGCUAGGAGCCAGCGAAAUCGUUUUCGGGUCCUGAAGACGGAUCACAAGGAACUAGAGGGAAAGGUAGAGGCGCUCCUGGUGCGAUUGGCGAACCUGAAGGUAAGACUGCCAUGAAAAAUUGAGUGCUACGAGAAAUGCAGUUGUAAAUGCAUACGUCAUUGGAAAGAAAACAAACUGUUACUGAAAUUUGUAAAAUAGAUGGCCUACGGCAACAUCCUGUUGUGAUCGCUGUCAUAGCAGCCAUUGCCAAUUGUGGUUUCUUUCGCUGCUAGUUUUGGCUUAUGACAUUUGGUCUCACGGAUGCGCAUUCUGACUCGCCUCUCGUCGCCUCGCCUCGCCGUUCUCUCGGACCGCUAAAAGAAUUCGAAUCCCACGGAAACCAAAGCAGGAUCCGACGAGAUUGCUCGCCGGCGGGCCCCCAAACCCAAACCAAAGUACGACGCCGUGACCGGCAAAUGGGUUGUCAUGAACUGGGACGGGUCCGUCGCCGGAAUCAAAGACGGCGACAAACUCAACUUUCAUGAUCUCUCGGAAAACCGAGGGACCCAACAGCAAACGAGCCAGAGCUCGGUGCCGUCCAACCCCUCGGAACGGAGCGCUUCUUCCGUGGCCGCCACCUCCCGGCCACCGCCACCAAGGGAAGUGCGGCGGCCCUUUGCCAGGGUGGACGGUGUCGCGGUCGACUCCCCCGCUUCCUCCGCUGGGAUGAAGGUCGGUGAUCUGGUGACCCGGUUCGGACCCCUCCACGUCGACAACCACGACCGGUUACGGGCCCUGGCGAAGCUCGUGCCAGAGGUCGCCAACGAGAGGGGGACCAUCCGGCUCCUCGUCCUGCGCCGUACCGGUGGAAACGACAACAACGGAGACAACAACUACAGCGACGAACGCCAGUGGAAGUCGCUCGAAUUGAUGCUCCGCCCGAUGCCUUUUCCGGGCCGGGGGCUGCUUGGAUGCCACAUCGUUCCCUGUUCUUGAUCGAUCGACGACUGGAGAAAGAAAUAUUCGGCACAGCA